CUUUGCUGUGAGAACUCCACAACGAUAUUAUCUCGAAUGUGGAAAAAAAGUCAUACCAGUUUGGAAUGACAUGAGAGAAAGUAAAUGAUUGAUUCUUGGAUGAACAUUUUAACCACAGGAACAAUGGAUUUAACUGUAAACCGCAGUUGGCACAGCUGCAGCAUGAGAGAAGGCUCCAUAAAGCAAAAGCCAAAACUUCUACCACGCAGACUAUCUCUGAUUCAGAGAGGUUCUCCAAAACGAUUCCGUUUACAAACAGAAAAGAAAGUUCUUGAUGAAAAUGGAAAAGUCAGAAAAUGGACUUUUGGGAAAAAAGACGCCAGUAAAGAAAACAAAGUUAUUCUGCUGGUGGGAGAGACUGGCGUUGGUAAGACGACUCUCAUCAACACCAUGGUCAACUACUUACUGGGAGUGAAGUUUGAAGAAGAAAUAUGGUAUGAAAUCACAGAAGAAGCGACCCGAGAUCAAUCAGAAUCACAAACCUCUGAAAUCACUGUUUAUGAGGUCUUUCCUGUAAAGAGUCCUAUGUCUCUCACCAUCAUUGAUACUCCAGGCUACGGAGACACUAGAGGACUGGAAAAAGAUCUGGAAGUUGCUGAGAAUUUAGCCACUCUGUUUCAGAGCAAUGAUGGAGUUUGUGAAGUUGACGCUGUGUGUUUUGUGACUCAAGCAUCUGCGAAUCGUCUCUCAGACAGACAGCAUUACAUUAUCAGUUCAGUUCUGUCUUUGUUUGGAAAAGACAUUGUGAACAACAUUGUGUUUUUAAUCACACACUCUGAUAGUCUGCUACCCACAAAUGUCCUCGGCGCCAUAGAUAAAGCUAAAAUCCCCUGCAGGCGAGACAUACGUGGCCAACCUGUUUAUUUCUUAUUCAACAACCGGCAGGCUGACGCCCGUCGCAAUGAGAGACGAUACGUUCGUGCUCAAAUGGUCGCCUGGGAAGACAGCAAGGAUAACAUGAGGCAUUUCCUUAAGUCUCUGAAUGAAAUGAACAGAAGAAGUUUGGAGUUGACUUCAGAUGUCCUGAAGGAGCGCAUUCGUUUUGAAGCAUUUAUUAGCAAUUUACAGCUACGAGUUCAAGAGAAAGAAUCAAAGAAGUCUGAGAAAAUUCAAAUUCAGGAGGCAAUGAUGCAAAACAAGGAAAAGAUUGAAAGGCAUAAAAACUUCACUAUUAAAGUCAAAAAGACUGUCAAAGAGAAGGUUCCCAUUGAGAGCAAGUCAUGGAAGCACAGGAAGGCGACGACCUGCACCGUCUGUGAGGAAAACUGCCAUGAGUUUGACUGCUGGUGGGUUUCUAAUCCCAGUAAAUGUGAAGUCAUGAAAAACGGCCACUGCACCGUGUGCACAGGAAGGUGUCAUCACAGCAAACACGUCAAAGAAAACAAGAAAUAUGCCAUCAGCACGUCAAGCACAACAAUAGAAUAUGACUCUAUAAAAAAGGAAUAUGAAAACACCCAAGAACUAACCAAAACAUAUUUGGUUUUAAUGAAACAUCUUGACAAAGAUCUGAAGGAGAUUGAGGACCAAAAGUCAAUUCUUCUGUCUGAAGCUUACCAGACCAUCAACCAUCUGUCUCAGAUUGCAUUAAAACCAGACUCUGCCUUCACUCUUCAGCAUCUCGACUUCUUCAUCCCCAGAGUGAAAGAGGCUGGGAGAGAAAACUGGGCCCGAGAGCUGGAGGAAAUGAGGAAAAAAGCUAUAGCAGAAGAAGCCAAUAAAGACGCUCUGAGUUAUCUUAAAGCUGGUCUGGCAAAACUUUUCCUGACUGGGAAAUGACUGAAUUCAGUACAGUGAACAAUGAAGGUAGAAGCCUGCUGCUUACAAUAAGAAAUCAGUGCUGCUGUCUGUCUGUACACAGGUGUUCCUACAGAAUUUAAAUAUACUGUAACAGAGCACAGGUCUUCCAACUUGCUCCUGAGGACCCACUUUCCUGCAAUGUUCAGCUCCAACCCUAAUCAAACACACCUAAACCAGCUAAUCAAGGUAUUCAGGAUCACUUGAAAAGUCACAGGUGUGCUGAAGCAGGUCAGAAAUAAACUUUCCAGGACAGUGGGCCCCCAGGAGCCGAGAAGACCUAUGUACCAGAAGAUGGUUUUCCAUCUCUGAGUUACAUCAUACAUAUUACCGCUAUUUUAAUUUGUGUAAGAUGAAGGUCACAUCUAACAUAUAUGCUUUUCUUGAAAUAUGAUAUUGGCCCAUCAGGUUU